GAAGGAAAGUGAAGGGGUUGUGUGUGUUCGAUUGGGGGAGUUAGGGCGAAGGAGAUGAAAAUUGAGGUGCUAUGAGAAACACUCCUAACUCAUCUCCCCCCUCCCCCCAAAAAAAGGAAAACAAGGUCUGUAGGAUUUUGUGGUAUUUAUGUUUCUCAAAAAGUGGAGGACCAUGAAGGGAAUAUUUUUUUCCACAUUUUUGCUCAAAAAGUCAAAAGGAUUGUCUAUGGAAUGAUUUCAAAUAUAGAGGAAGAGAAUAUUUUGAAAUAGAGGACUAUAUUUGGAAACAAACAUGUUAUAAAGGACUAUAUAGGAAAUAUACUCAAAUUUUAAUUACAAAAAAUUACGGAGCAUAUAAAAAACUCUUUUUUACAUAUUUUUCCAAAAUACUACCUUUGCACUACUUCAUUGACCAACCAUAUACGGAGUAUUUUUAAACCACCUUCGUUUUUCGUCCACACUACUUCCCUCUUUUCUUAUCCUCUCCACUUUAUUGAACCAAACAAGUGCUGUGUGGGUGCUUCCAUAGACCUGUGAUGCAUUUAUGGUCCAACACUUCUAUAGAAUGAACUCCCCUUGUCCCACAAAUGGCUCUUGGCUUGACUUGGCAAAAAAUUUAAGGAAAGUGAAAAAGUGUGGUUGAAAAUGAUGUAGAGGAGAGAGAAAGAUCGAGAACUACUCAAAGUUUUCCAAAAAAGGAAAGGAGUCUUUUUUUGGGACGUCUCAAAAAGGAAUUAAAGAGUUUUCUUUUUGAGAUGGAGGGAGUAAGAAACAAGGAAAGUUUAAUGUACCAUUUUAGGUUAGUCCAUCAUUUAUCCGAAGCUAAAACAUUGUUUAAAAUGACUCUUUUAGCUCCAUUGGCAAUGGAUGCUAACAACUCCCAACAUAAAAGGUACGAGUAUUUAUUUACUUAGGUAUCUAUUGUUUUGUUUGACAGCCGAACAAAUAAAUAAGCCAUGCAAUGUGUAGAUGUUAUAGUCCUACUUGUGUGGGUAAUGUUGAGGAAGUGCUGGCUGUUAUAUGUUUAUGCAGGAGUCUUUGAAGUUUAAGGCUGACAUUGUAUGUUAAUUGUGUUGCUUCAAAAUAAGAACCAACUCCUUUCAGUGUCAAUAUGAAGAGGAACUCAAAUCGUUGCAUAUGCAAUUAUGCACGAUGGUUGUUGGGCGACCAGAUUAUUUCCUAGUACUUUUGCUUGACAUUAUGUUUUAUGCCAUAACCAUAAUUUUGAAAAUCAAGCCAGACCGGCUGAAGGGGUAACCUUCCAGGUAUCUAGCCUGGUCAUCAUCAACUCAACUUAAAAAUUGAUUUUGAUGUUAUAUGGUUGAAUUUAUGCUCUUUUUGCAUAUGUUUUGAACUUAUGAUAAUCAGAGUUAUUAUAGACCUGGAUAAUAUCAGUUAAAACCAGUUGAACCACCUCCUAACUAUAAGCAUUUCUGGCUCAAUGUUUUGUCCGAGUUAUUAACACCAUGGAUUGACAGAAUUUUGGCAAGCCCACUCUCUUGAUCGUGGAAUGUAUUUCCCGGUUUUGUCAAUAAUAUGCCAUUAGAGUUUCCACUCUUUUUUAUUGGAUAUUACUUCUCCUGUCUGCAAUUGAUGGAAUCCAGGGCUAUAUUCAGACUCUUCCACUGACAUGAUUUUUACAUUUUCUAUUUUGUAUCGUCUGACAGAUAAUGCAAUCAUCAUCACAUAGAGGUGGUCGGGGAGGCAGAAGGGGUGGGCGGGGAGGCGGUCGUCGAAGUCAGCCUCAGAGUCGUCCAUCAGCAGCACCUCCGGGUCCGGUGCAGCCCCCACCUCGUAUGGCAUGGUGCGAACUCUGUAGGGUUGAGUGCAACACCCUCGAAAUCCUGGAGCAGCACAAGAGUGGAAAGAAACACCAAAAGAAUGUCAAAGUUCAACAAGAGUUGCAGAGAGUCAUGGCUGCUAAAGCUUCUCAAGUUCAGGAAACAGAGGAAGGAUCUUCUGUGCCGCCACCUGCAGUGGAGAAUACUGCCGUUAAUGGUGGAGAAGGUCAAGGGAGUGGGCAGAAGCGCAAGAUGAGAGGUGGCGGACGAGGUGGAGGGGGAAAGAGCUCUAGAAGAAAACUAAACGAACCACCUAAACCCAAAGGAGGACACAUUCCUUUGAUAUGCGAGCUCUGUAACGUCACUUGUGAGACACAGCUUGUUUUCCAAACCCAUCUGAAGGGGAAGAAGCACAUAGCAAACCGCAAGCGCUUUGAGGAAUCAGAAGCCGUGCUUGGACAUGCGGCAACUCAGGCGUUAUAUCCAGCUCUACAACCCAUUCUCCAGGCAAUUCCACCGGAUCCUCAAUCUAAUCAUCUCCCAGGAGGAGGAGGUCAGCAGGACUUACCAUUGGUCUUCAAUUAUGUUCCACCAACAGUGACGCCGGUAGCAGCAGAGCCUGCAGUGGCUUUGAUGAAUACCACCACCACCACCACCACUCCUACCACCGCGUUGAUUACACCUGAGGGUGACAUCCUCCAGAGAUUUUCCUCCUAAUAUUCUUCAGUGGGGCACCCUGAAGCAGUAGUUAUUGACUGUCCGAGUGAGCCUCUUCUGAAAUAAUGAUUUACCGUUUUGUUCCUGAAAACUAUGAACCUCUUGCGUACUUAUCUGGCAAAGAAAAUGGACAUAACCCUAUUUCAUUAACAUUUAAUCUACCAAAUAACUUUUAUUCUAGAUU